AUGCCCAAGUCCAGGUUUAACAACAAUAUUAUCUCUACCGCAGUUCCGAUUACCCACAUUUAUUUAGGGGAUGAUGAGACAGAUUACCUCUGGAAAUGUUUUACUGGAGAGAUAAAGCAUGUUCGCCUCGCAUUUGAGGAUCAAAAUGGCCGAAACCGGGACCUGCAAUACAAAAUUGCUGAAGAUGUGGACUUCCUCACUAAUGAAGGCGUUGUGUUAUUGGAAGAUCAACGUGAGCAAUUUUAUAAUACGGGAUUAAAGAAUCAUCACUGA